GUCAAGGGAUAGAAGCCUUUUGUCAAUUGUGUCGAUGUUUGCCGAGGUUAUUUAAAUUUGCCCUUAUUUCGAUGAAAACUUCUACCUCCAGUAGCGUUCCUUGCCCUCAGAUUGUAAAUUUUAUACUAUACAAAUUUCGCGACACAUGAAUUUGACAACGUAAAUCCAUAGUUAUAUCAGUAUCUAUCAUUACACUAUGUGGAACUUAUGACUAACCCAAGGAAUCGUGGUGUCGUGCCGCACCGAUAGCGGUUUUAAACCUAACUAGAUAUUCUAGUUAGGAAAUCUUAAUCAAAACUUUGGGUGUAGAUAGUAUAAAAAUGCAGAAAUCAGAAUCCCGAGAAGAAGGCAGAAGAUCUAAUGUUAAACAAAAAUCGGAUGGUGCUCUUGGAAUGCACGAUCCGAAAAGAUGGAUCCCACAGACCUCUGAAAAGUGGAGUACUCAAAGUUCAGGAAUGUUGAUGGUUGGACCAAAUUUUAAAGUUGGGAAAAAAAUUGGAUGUGGAAAUUUUGGCGAAUUGAGACUUGGUAAAAACUUGUACAACAAUGAACAUGUAGCUAUAAAGUUGGAGUCCAUGAAAUCGAAAGCUCCUCAGUUACAUUUAGAAUAUAGGUUUUACAAAUUACUUGGUAACCAAGAAGGCAUACCAAAGGUGUUUUAUUUUGGACCAUGUGGUAAAUAUAAUGCACUUGUAAUGGAGCUCUUAGGUCCAAGCUUAGAGGAUCUAUUUGAUUUAUGUGAUCGAAAAUUUAGUCUUAAAACAGUCCUUAUGUUAGCUAUACAACUGCUUCAUCGUAUUGAAUAUGUGCAUUCCAAACAUUUGAUUUAUAGAGACGUGAAGCCAGAAAACUUUUUGAUUGGAAGACAGUCUACUAAAAAGCAUAAUAUAAUUCAUAUCAUAGAUUUUGGUUUAGCAAAAGAGUAUAUAGAUCCUGAAACAAAUAAACAUAUACCAUAUAGAGAGCAUAAGAGCCUAACUGGCACUGCUAGGUAUAUGAGCAUCAACACUCAUUUAGGUAAAGAGCAAAGUCGUAGAGAUGAUUUAGAAGCUUUAGGACACAUGUUUAUGUACUUUUUGAGAGGUAGUUUGCCUUGGCAAGGUCUUAAAGCAGAUACUUUAAAAGAAAGGUACCAAAAAAUAGGUGACACAAAAAGAGCAACCCCUAUUGAAGUUUUAUGUGAAGGUUAUCCAGAUGAAAUGUCUACUUACUUGCACUAUGUAAGGAGACUUGAUUUCUUUGAAACUCCUGACUAUGAUUAUUUAAGAAAACUUUUUCAAGAUCUCUUCGAGAAAAAAAAAUAUGUAGAUGAUUCCGAUUUCGACUGGACAGGAAAGCAACUGCCUCAAAGCUUUCUUCAACUGCAACAGUUACGUAAUGCUCCACCAUCUGAUCGUACCAGAUCAGGGAAGUCCACCCCUGUAGGUUCAAUGCAGACUGCCCAGGAAGUCAUAGUGUCACCUAACCGAGAGAGGCAUGUUGCUUCUGAUACUAGGAACAAAAGGCCUCGGCAGUUUGGUUCAGUUCUUAUUGUCGAUCAUUCAAAGCCACCUGAGAUGAAUGUAAUAAGUAGCAAUUUGGCUCCAAAUGAUCGUCAUGAUUCCGUCCAAGUCGUCAGCUCCACUUACAGUGAAUUAGCACCCGACAACCCAACUACUGGGCACUCUAAUACACCUAUUGCAAUACCAGCAGAAGUAGAAGUUGUGUCAGAAACAAAGUGUUGCUGUUUUUUCAAACGAAAAAAAAAGAAACCAAGCCGCCAAAAAUGACUCGCAGUCACUUGUAGUCCCGAGCAAGAAGUUGUGUUACUGCACACUUCACCAUCAGAUUCCAAGGAGAGUCUGAGUGUACGAACUGCUACGGUUUGAGCAAUCCUUUUCAUCACAUUAUAAUCAUAAGGUUAAACAUAAGGUCGCUGUCGCCUCGUGUCUAUCCUGGCAUGGUCACCAUCGACUCAAGUGCGGCAUCUUCACGUAUUGGCUCACCAAAGCUGUGAUUAACUUUUUCUUCAUGGGAAGAUUCAGAAGUUUCACUUAUUGUCACCUCUCCUUGUUCUCUAGUGGACAAGAAUCAUUGCGCAGUACUUGCAACUUGUGUUUAGAUUUGAUACUAACAGAAUUUACCAAAGUAUAGCCUGUUGGGAACGCUUUUCAUUUCAGUUUAUAAGCUGUAGUUUUCAAGUCUUUGCCUAAUCUUCAGUUUACUAGUUUUUACUUAUUUUAUGCUUUUGUGAAAAGGCUGAUUUCCCAUUUAGGCUGCCAUAGUCAAAUGCAGUUUAGUAGUCAUCAGCCUGUCUUACAUCACAUCGAAAUAACAAUAUUUGAAGAAAAAAAGUUCUCGUUCAUGGGAAUAUGAUUGUAGAACUGCAUUUUUAGCUUUUUUUUUUUUUUUUUUUUUUAAUUAUUAUUAUUUUAAAGUGUGACUCGGUGUUUUCACUUGUUUUUCUCUUGGUCCUGUUCCUCCCCCCUUCUGCCAAAGCUCUGAAUACAUAUUCUCUUAUAUAUAUGCAGUGGAAUGUAGUGAAAGAAAAUAGCGUAGGCUAUCAUCGUUGAUGAGAUUACUAUAUCUGUCAACUUCUGUACUUGCAAGAAUGGUGUUUUAAUUUAUCUUCCAUAAUUGCAAAUUAAAUUUAGAAAGAAGCACACACCCAAGUUAAUUAAGGGAUUACUUCAAGCAGAAAUGUAUAUGCAAAUCAAAUGGCUUGUCUUUAUCAAUAGCCAUACCUUUUUAUGCUAUCUUUUAUUCCUGGUGCACAUGAGUGUAAGCUGUUUCCUUUGUUGCAGUGUUUGGAGUCUUGGGACAGUUUUGAAUGAAAUCAAUUGAAUGUUAUUCGGGAUAUUGUUAUAUACAGUAAUAUAUAUAUAUAUAUAUAUAUAAAAAAAAUUAUUCUCUAACCAGUGCUGUCUGCUAUCACUGGUGUAAUUUUGCUCUAUGUAAAUAGUAUGUUACCAUUGUCUUGAUCUUUAUCAGUACUUUCAGAUAGGCAUAAUUGCUUCCUUCAAUUUCAAAGUGAAUUUUAUUCUUUCAUUAUGACAUCAUUAGGUAUUAUCCAGAGUUGCCUUAGGUGACAUGAGAAACUUGAAAUAAUUCAAUUCUGCACUAAGAAAGAUAUACCUUGUCUUUUUGCUUUAUGUGAUUAUCAGUUUUGUUCCUCAAAUGUGUUCAUGUACGUUAUUUGUCAAUUUAAUAUAUUGUGUUUUUAUUUUUUUCACUUUUUUAAUUCACCCAAGACCAAAAUUUUUAAUAUUAUAACACUAACGUGCUUUAAUUCAUAUUUGCUUAUUUAUAAAUGCAUGUUUGACUAUUUGUCGUAGUUUUAAAAUUUGACUAAUGUAAUGCUGAGGGAGAGAGACUUUUUUUAAAUUUUUUUUAUGUAUUUUGGUCUUUGGUGGAAACUUUUAUUUAUCAAUACAUGAAGAGGAAGUAAAUAUUUUUAUGUACUGAAUGAGCAGUCUGAAUCGAAUAUAGAUGCGUAGAUAUAUAAAUUGUGAGUCACUCACUCCAGAGUUCAGAGUCUAGGUUGAUAUGUCUUCAAAUUAGUUUGUUCAACAUAGAAUAUUUAUUCCCUCCCCACCUCCAAACUUUUGAAAAAUCUGCCAUUUUAAAGCACCAUUAGUCUGAUUUAUGUACUACUUUUGACCUGCAGUUCUAAUGCUUUUUAUAAUAAUAGUUAUACCAAAAGUACCCUGCAAAUGUUUUUCAUACUUUCCUAAUGCUGCGCAUUUGAGUUUGUAAGGUAUUAGUCACUUAAUUUGUUAUACAGUUUGAUUUCAAACACAAUGAAGAAGCAAUGCUGUGCCAGUGAUGUUUUUUCCAUGAAAAGUUUUCCAUUUGAAAGUAUAUUUUUUCAUGUUUUAAUAUGUAUUGCUUUUGAAAAAAUUAAUCCUCAUUAUAGUUGUAUUUUUUAUGGGACACAGGGGAUAGUUGUUUGUUGAGUUAUCCAGCACACAAAAUGCCCAAGCCUCAUUUUUAAAAUCCUAUUUGAAUUAAAAUAAUUUAUCUUAACGGAAUUUUUUUUUUUUUUUUUUUUUUUUUUUUUUUUUGUA